GCCUGACAGGCAAGACUAAGGGCAUUCAUACCACCUACUGACGUCAGAAGAAAAAUCCAGGAAGCAAUAGUCCGUACGUGGCCUUUUCACCAUAGUCGACAUCUGCAAGAGGUUCGCUUCAUUCAAAAGAAAUGGAACUCGAGGCUAUGACCAGAUACACCAGUCCGGUGAACCCGGCAGUGUUCCCCCAUCUCACCGUGGUCUUGUUGGCCAUUGGUACUUUCUUCACCGCCUGGUUCUUCGUAUAUGAGGUUACAUCAACAAAAUACACAAGGGACAUCUAUAAAGAGCUGCUGAUCUCCCUUGUGGCUUCGCUGUUCAUGGGCUUUGGUGUGCUCUUCCUACUACUUUGGGUCGGCAUCUAUGUUUAAAGAUAACUGGCUUCAAGGAAAACAUUCCAGCAGAAUAAAGGACUUCACUCAUGUUUUUCAGGAUUCUGGAUUUAGUUGGAGGGCACUGACAGGUUUUUUUGGAUCAUAUGGACUCAAGUAAAGGCAGAUUUGUACAACUUU